GCAGGAGUCAUGGGAUGCGGAUCACGGGAGUGCCUGAGGACUGUGUAUCCCCAGGUGCAGGAGGCAUGGGGACACUAGGCACGUUCAGGGGGCUCGGGGACGUGGCUGCAGAGGAGCCAUUGACACACAUCACCGUCCAGGUGAGGGUCCCCGUGCGGUGCCGCUGCGCCACGUGGCCGGGGCCGAGGGCGGCUCCCGGUGAGUCACGGCGCUGCCUCUCGCCCCUCCCCGGGCCGCCUCAUAAAGCGCCGCGGUCCCGAGCGCCGCCGCCCCGUGUCUGAGCCACGGGCUCCCCGUGUGUACCGGAGCGGUGGGUGGACAGCCUUGAGGGACACUAGCCGCGACUCGAGGGAUCUCGGGAGGAGGAUGCUGGGGGAGCUCCUGGGACGCCCUGCCUGGAUCCUUCUGCUCUGUUGGAGCCUGGCUGCUUGCUGCACAGGUGCCAUAGCCUUGCAGCCACCCAGUAUCACCAUGCUGCGGAUGCCAGCAGAGCUCCCCCGCCCAGGCGAGAGCGUGACUGUGUCGUGCGAGGCGUUGAGUGAGCUUCCAGAGUUGACGCUGCUUUACUGGCUGGAGAACGGCUUCUUCGUGGAGAGCCUGCACCCGGAUGGGGCUGUGCGUGAGGGGACAGUGCAAGAGGAGCCGCAGGGCUCGGGGCUGGCCCUGCACCGUGAUCUGCACUUCAGCUCCUUCGACAAGCAGCACCUGCACACCAACUUCACCUGCGUGGUGCUCAGUCCCCUCGGUGUCGACACCAGGGAGGUGCGAUGGCCGUCGCCAGCACUGGCCCCCGUCACUGGGAAGAGUGAGGGCCUGGGCUGAGAUGGAGGAGCAGCUCCCGUGCUGGGUGCUGAGUGAGCACCCUGCAGUGCAGCUCCCUGCUCUGACAGCCCCACACCACUGCAUGCACAUGUGACACCUCCAGGGAGGCCCGUCUCUGUGACGCCUCUGCUUUGGGGACUGCAUGGCCCCACAUAUGCUGGCCCCACUGUGAGUGGGGCUCCUGGUGCCCCAAGCUGAGUCAGGAGCGCUGCCUGGGCUGGAACCAGCCCUGCCCAUAGCUGGCUUUGGGACCCCAGAGUUUAUUAAAGUACAUCAAGGCUUCCCAGUGU